UUUUCUCAUAAAAUUGGGCCUCUUCGGCGCACGCGCAACCUCACAAGUCACAAAUUCGACGUUCCAGUAGGUUCAACCCCGCUGUUUCUGGCCAUGGCCAGUGCGACGUGGCUCCACACAUUUUCUUUAUCUUACGCUCUCCGUCCCCCAUCCAUCCUUCCCGCCAUCUUUCACCGGUCCUCUCCAUCCGGUCGACUCUUUUCCUAUUUGAGCGGAUCCUCCUUGCCUCCACUAGGCCCGGUCCACGCGCAAGCCAAGCGAGGCUCUGCAAUGAAAGACGAAGACGUAGCUUCUCGCGAUAAUCUUCGCUUUGAAGCGCCGCUCAAAAUAGUGGAAUAUCCAGACCCUGUACUGAGAGCGAAGAACAAGCGAAUCGACUCUUUUGAUGAUAAUUUGAAGAAGCUCGCUGACGAAAUGUUCGACGUAAUGUACAAAACUGAUGGUAUUGGGCUCUCAGCACCCCAAGUAGGAAUUAAUGUUCGACUCAUGGUGUUUAAUCCUGUCGGGGAACGUGGUGAGGGGGAGGAAAUUGUUCUUGUAAAUCCAAGAGUAAAUAAAUAUUCAAAGAAAGUGGUGCUUUUUAAUGAAGGUUGCCUAUCCUUCCCAGGGAUUUAUGCUGAUGUCGAGAGACCAGAAUCUGUAAAGAUUGAUGCACAGGACAUUAAAGGUGCAAGGUUUUCAGUCAACUUGUCGGGUCUUCCUGCACGGGUUUUCCAGCAUGAGUAUGACCAUUUGCAGGGUGUUCUGUUCUUUGAUAGAAUGACUGAUGAAGUUCUCGAGAGUAUUCGGGCAGAGUUACAGGCACUAGAAAAGAAGUAUGAGGGUAGGACAGGAUUGGCAAGCCCUGAAAGAAUUGAAACCUACAAAAGGAAGAAGGUUGCUGCUGGUUUUGGAAAAUCAUGAACAUGCUGGGUUCCUUAGACACAUCAGGCUUCCGUAGUUACAAUGGAAAACUGAGAAUUUGGUUUUUUUUUUCCUUCUGUUUUAAUUCAUUUUAUUGUUAUUUUGCUUGUUUGUCAUUUAGGAUAGCUGUGUAUUAGUCGUGAUGCUGGAUGAAUUAUACACAGGAACUUGCUGAGUAGAGGGAAAUAUCAAAUACAUGAAACCAUAGAAGGAAGAAAUGGCUGAUUCGAUGUACAUAGUUUAGAACUUCAGCAUGUGGAUCAACUUCAGUAUUUCAGUUUCUAUUGGCUUAUUUGAUAAUAAGCAUUUUUAAUUGUCACUGUAAGUCAUCUUUGGAGUUAAUAAAGUUGAGUUUUUUUCCCUCUAAA